AGUAACAAUCCAUCGUGUCCUCAAACCGUAUGCGUAAGGUGUUCAUCAUAUCGGCAAGUAUAUGCUCAACAGGAUCUGAUCGCUCUGCUGGCGGCUCACCCAAUACUGCUCGAACUGCAGCGCCGAUUUCAGGAUCCUCCGUCCAUUCUUCUAACUCCUUGGCGGUAUCUGCUGCGUACUUCUUAUCCAAAAGUAAAGAAGAACACAUCUCGACCAUUAGUAUUCUGACUCCAAUGUCAUUGUCUUCAAUAGCCUUUGGCAGUAUUCGAAAAGCAUGGCUAAUAUUCUCCUUCAAUGUACUGUGCAGAUACUGUAUUGCAACAAGGCGAGGCUCAGCAUCAGCAUCCAUUAGCACCACGUUUUCACAUAGCAGUGGAAGCUCAUCUAGAUGGUACUGCUCAUCUAAUAUCAGACAUCGAAGCGCUGCAGCUCUCACAUAGGGUGAAGGAUCGGAGCGAACGAGGGGUUGCAGCGGCCCUAACAUCGGACGAAAACAGGGUACCACCGCUGCAAUCUCCAAUGCGGUAUCACGUACUUCCCAAUCCGAGUGCAUUAUGGCUGGAAUAA